AACAAUUUUGAAAAAGUAAAAAACCCGAACAUGUUUGUAGUUUGGCAGAGGGAGAAAGGAAAGGUCCUAUGUGCUGUGUUGGGUUCCUCACCAAUAUCUAUCUAGAAAAAAGCAACGUGUAGAGUACACGUUUUCUGCGAGUCGAGAGCAGACCUCUUUUAUUCAAACCAGGUCGAAGCAUGAGCAGAAGACCUUUUUCGUGAGUCUUGUGGACAAGUCCAAAAUAAUUCCUAUCAGCUCUGGUCGCGUCUUCGUGCGCAUGGCCGCCAGAAAAUAAACAGUAGUGAGUGCUAUCCCGUUUCGUCUCGUGUCUCCUCGGCUCGUUGCCUCGUAGUCCUCCUCCUCCUCGCUGCUUUACAAGUGCUCCGAAAAAAUGUCUGCAGCCAUCGCAUCUCCUCUGGAGUUGCCUGGCUCCCGGUCUGCUACCCCAGUCCAGCACGAUGGGCCUGUCGCACAUCCAGUGGCUGAUGUGCUGCCUAACCGUGGGGAUUUCUUUGAUCCGACCGCAGCAGGUGGAGGGGAUUUCCUGACGACCCCAUCGACCACUGUCUCACAGAUCUUUGCCAUCAUGCGACAGUGGGUGCCUCACUCACAGAAAAACAUGUCUUUGCUGAUCAAAGAGCUGCUGCGCCGUGGCUGCCAUAUUGACGAUCGGGAUGGCUUGACGGACGCCACACUGCUGCACUACGCUUGCAAGUCCUCCGCAGCCGGUGCUGGUGACAGGGAGGCUGGCAAAGAGCUCGUCAAGAUACUCAUUUCUCAGGGUGCUGACGUGUGUGCAGUCUGUCGGUGGACGGGUAUGCAGCCAUUGCACUAUGCUGCGUACUUUGAUGCCGCUGAUGUCGUCGAUCUGCUCAUCCACACGGGAAGAUGUGAUGUGGAUGUUCAGUGUGUGGAUGCGGCGUUUGACAAGAGCACACCUCUGCACAUUGCUACUGCUAACUACGCUCUGGAAGCAGCUGAGAGACUUCUUCACCACGGCAGCAACCCAUGGCUGCGCAACAGCGAGGGGUGUUGCGCAAUCGACUGCAUUCCCGGUGAGGAUUCCGAGCUAGCCAAUGUCCUGAAGUGUGUUGGGAGACAGGAUGUUGGCACGAGACUACAGAACCUUCUGCGGGAUGCCAUGGCCAGAGUGCCCAAACCGGAUGACUUCCAUUCGACACCUGGCGUACUCUCCAACCCGGCAAGACGGGAAGUCAAGGUUGGAGACCGGGUACUGGUCAAUGGACGAAGGUACGGCCAUGCUCGCUACAUUGGACGUGUUCGCUUCACCCCAGCUAGCACUGGUUGUAGUCGUUACCCAUCAGUGUCUCCUGAUCACGUUUGGGUUGGCGUAGAGCUGGAGCAGGCCACCGGAGAGAACAGCGGUACCGUCGAUGGUCGCGAGUACUUCUCCUGCCCAACACGCAAAGGUACGUUUGCUCCGGUCGGCGAUGUUGCCGUGGCAAAGCAUGAUGGCGUGCGUCUCCGAGAGGUCACAUCUCGACUAGGUUCGUCUGCUGGUAGCGGCGGCAGUGGUAGUAGUUCGCGCAGCACUCGUCGCACGUCCUCGGGCUCUAACGCUGGCCCGGCGGCAGGUGCUCGCAAAACGUCUGGUGGCUCCACAUCAGCCACGUCAUCACCUCACAAGCUGACGACCUCUACUAGCGCACGUGGUGCCCGUCCGGUACGAGUGUCGGCGGUCGAUGCACAGGAGAUGCGAAGCUUUGCCAAGACGGCUGCUAGCCAGCCGGACGGCGGUACCACCAUGGGAAAGAAAGUCUCGUCGUCUUCCGAUUUCCAGGUUGGUGAUAGCGUCUUGGUGUCUGGCAAGAAAGCUGGUGUUGUCCGGUUUAUUGGUGAAACAGAUUUCGCACAGGGUGUGUGGUACGGUAUACAGCUGGAGAAGGGUGACGGCAAGAACGACGGCUCUGUCGGCGGCACUCGCUACUUCUCUUGCAAACCCAACCAUGGUAUCUUUGCACCGCUGUUCAAACUCUCCGCAAGAGUGCCUUCGUCUUCAUCAGCCUCGCGGAUAUCCUCCUCCUCUUCCUCCGUGUCGUUGUCGUCAUCGGACCGGACUGGGUCUCGUCAUCGCAGCACAGCGACCGGCCGUGCUGCUGGAUCAUCCAGCACACCAGGCUCUGCUACCCCUACUGCCGGUACAGGUACUGCAGGCGGUGGUGGUGGUGGAGGAGGAGGUGGGUCAACCAGUGCCCCCACUCCUAGUCUCGGUGUGGACGGUAACGAUGCAGUUGAUCUCAUGAACUGCAAGGUUCUCGUCAACAGUGAGAUGGCUGUAAUCAAGUACAUUGGCGAGGUUGACUUUGGUGAUGGAGUUUGGUUAGGCGUGGACAUGAAGACUAGCAGUGGUAAACAUGAUGGGUCAGUGAAAGGAAAGCGAUACUUCACCUGUAAACAAGAUCACGGGCUGAUGAUCAAGCCACAGCGUGCGACAUACCGCGGCAUCAGCUGUGCUUCUAUCCUCAGCAAGCAAUCGGCAUAGACGAGGGAGAUGUGUGUGUGUGUGUGUGUGCGUGCGCGCGCGCGCGCGCGUGUGUGCGCAUGGUGUGUGUUCAUGCACAUGUGCAUGUCUGUGUACGUGCGUGUGUGUACAUGCGUAUCUAUUGAAUGUCUGUAGCAAGUCCUCGCAGGUUCAUUGAGGUUAUAACCAUGAUAUGACCUGCGCUACAACUGGACAAUGCGAUGACCAUUGCCGAAAGCCUCGCUUCCAGCGGUUGCUAAUAGAGAUGUGCUGUGGAUAAUGCUCCAGUCUGCUCUCAUGUAUACAGUUGUGCGUUGGAUAGUUUUAUUGAUCAGCGAGCGGUACGGUCGUUGUUGCAGCACCUCUGUGUCUCUCUGCACGUCCACCGUCUUGCUGUGUAUUGGUACAUGCACUGCUGUUGUUGCGUCAACCCCGUGGACUGCGGACAGGCGGCUGGCGGUCUUGCUGUGCAUUGGGUAUUAUACCGCUGUUGUUGCGUCAACCCCGUGGACUGCGGACAGGCUGUCUUGCUGUGCAUUGGGUACUAUUACCGCUGUUGUUGCGUCAACCCCGUGGACUGCGGACAGGCCGUCUUGCUGUGCAUUGGGUACUACUACUGUAGUUGCGUCAAGUUGCGCCGUCAACCCCAUCGUACUGAUAUGCUGUCUUGCUGUGCAUUGGGUACUACUGUUUUUGCGUCAACCCCAUGGCCUACGGACACGUUAUGGCGUCUGCUGCUACCUCUUCUAUCCUGUGUACCAGGGAGGUAGUACAAUACCGGCAGUCAGAGUGUUUUUAGUCCUUCUCUCUGCUGCUGUGUACUGACAACACGUCUGUGUGUAGUGUCCAUGCUGAUGCUUUCUCAGUCCUGUGGGGGGAUGGCGGAUGUUUUCUCAGUCCUGUGGGUGGAUGGCAGAUGUUGGUACAGUAUUGCCAUUACACAAUGUACCUUUCUUGAAAUUAUUGGUAUCCCUUUGCCCUCCCCCUGUACCCUGUCUCUCUGCCCCCCCCCCCCCCUGUACCCUGUCUCACUGUCUUGAUGCUGACCUGUCUCUUGUGCAGUUGUGGCAUGCAUAGCUUCCAGUGUGUACACCGUAAUUUUACUAGAUUUGUGUGAAUCAUGACACAAUGUCUUUAUACUACCUUCAUAACUUUACCACACAUCUCCUGUAUUGUACCAAACGGUGAGGAGAUUGUAGACGACAAAUUAUUUUUAUACUUUACUCAAUCUUCUAUUUGUAUACUUUAUUCUGCGUUGAGUCUGCCGCUGUCCGUUUUCUAGGUGUUGUUUUAACUUUAAAAUAUUCCUCUCAGGGAGUAGGUAUUUUACUACUCCCUGAUUCCUA